UCCAGGCAGGAGGGUGCUGCAGAGACCUGGUAUGAUGUUGAGCCUGCUGUGUCUGACCCUCUUCUUUGUGGGGUGCUCCAUUGCUGAGACCCCAGCACCUGUCUCUGAAGAUGUGCUGGUGGGCAUCGUGGGGGGCCACAAUGCCCCCCAGGGGAGGUGGCCAUGGCAGGUUAGCCUGAGGCGCUAUAGCUACUACUCUGCCUCUUGGGUACACAUCUGUGGAGGCUCCAUCAUCCACCCUCAGUGGGUGCUGACUGCUGCCCACUGCAUUCACAAGAGAGAUGCUGAUCCAUCAGCCUUUCGGAUCCAUGCUGGGGAUGUGUACCUCUACGGGGGCAAGGAGCUGCUGAGCGUGAGCCAGGUUAUUGUCCACCAAGACUUCAUCGAUGCUGGUCUGGGUUCGGAUGUGGCUCUGCUCCAGCUGGCGAAACCCGUGCAAUACUCUGCUAAUGUCCAGCCUGUCAAGCUGUCCUCCAGGUCUCUUGAGGUCACCGAGAAGGAUGCGUGCUGGGUGACUGGCUGGGGCACAGUGAGCAUGUAUAGCUCGCUGCCCCCACCCUACCAUCUUCAGCAGGUACAGGUGCCCAUAGUAGACAAUGCCCUCUGUGAGCAGCUGUACCAGAAUGCCUCCAGGCACUACUACCAGGGCCAUAGUCUGAUCCUACAGGACAUGCUGUGUGCAGGCACUGAGGGCCGAGACUCCUGCUAUGGUGACUCAGGUGGCCCCCUUGUCUGCAGGAUGGCAGGCUCCUGGACUCUGGUGGGAGUGGUCAGCUGGGGCUAUGGCUGUGCCCUGAGGGACAUCCCUGGGGUCUAUGCACGUGUGCAGUCCUUCCUGCCCUGGAUUAUUCAGCAUAUUCAGGGGUCACAUAUUGGCUGACCUUAUCAUCAUCUAGCACUCUGCUUCAGUCUUCACCCAGUUUCCUGAUUCUGUCCUAUCUUCUGGUCUUUGUGGAGCCUGGGGAAGAGUCAGGGGUGAUGGCUGGAAUAGGCUGGGUUCUGCUGUCUCUUUGAUGAAAAUUCCAGAGUUGCUAGGCAGGGUUCAGGCUCUGGAGCAUAGGUGCCGAAUGUGUUGAGUACCAGCACAGAUGUGGACUAGUAGUUUUUUUUGCUUUCUCAAUAAAGAUACUGUGCACAUUCA